AUGUAUUCAAUUUUGAUUCUAUUGUUGCUCGGUAUACUUUUGUUAAGUAUAAUCGUCUAUUUAAUGGUUCACUAUAUUCUCAAUGAACAGCAAUUAUUUAAACUUAAAUAUACGCUUUAUGCGAGUCUAGUCAUCUUAUAUUCAAUUAUAUUACCACCGAUUUUUCUACUUCAUCCACGCAGUGCUUUGAACAUACGUCUCUCGGCCAUUGGUUUGAAUCCAUUUCUUCGUUUGUUCGGUUUGAAGUAUCGUGUGGAGAAUGGACAAGUUUUAGACGAUGGCAAAUCUUGUGUGAUUGUGGCGAAUCAUCAGUCAUCGAUUGAUUUUAUUGGCAUGAUGUAUCUUUGGCCGAAACACAUUCAUUAUUGUACUAUAUUAGCAAAGCAAGAGUUGCUUUGGGCUGGGCCAUUCGGGCCAUCAUCGUGGCUAGCAGGUGUCGAAUUUGUCGAUAGAAAAAAUCGUCAACGAGCAGCAGAAACAAUGAAGAAUUUGAUUGAAAAACUCAAAACCCAAUCACUUCGAUUGUGGGUAUUUCCCGAAGGAACAAGAAAUAUGUCCGAGACAUUUCUUCCAUUUAAGCUUGGCGCUUUUCGCACAGCUAUUGAAGCACAAAUACCCAUUGUUCCCAUUGUUUUUUCGUCAUAUAAACCAAUAUAUAAUGUCGACAAAUCGACGAAUAGUUAUUAUUGGCGUCCUGGUUGUGUAACGAUCAAAUGUCUUGAACCGAUCAAUACAACAGGUAUGACACUUGACAAUGAUCUUCAACGAUUGACUGACAUGACGCGAAAACGCAUGAUGGACGCAUAUCUCACAAUUCAAACAACUGUGAUCAACGACAAAAAGCACUGGUGA